AUGGUAUGCGGAAAAUAAAUAAUAUAGAAUACACGAAGAUCAGGUUUUAUUGCAAGAAAGACGUUAUACGUGGAUACCUUCUUUAGAACAGAAAUGUCUGAGAAAGUUGCAGACACGGAUAUUGCCAUGGAAGAGAUUCAAGGGGAUGGAAAACGAUUGACUGCCGCAGAGAUACCGAUAGCUACCACACGAACUUCGGACCCGCCAACCGAUACUUCCAUUAUGGCCGACAGUGCACCGGAUGAAGUCGAAUCUAACGCAUGGGCAGGACUUCUCAAAUUCUUCUCCACUAUUUUCAUCAUUCACUUCUUUCCGUUUUCACUUCUGUGUUCCUUAAAGACGGCCCAAGAGUACGAGCGAGCAGUUAUUUUCGCCUGUGGCGAAUCUUACAUGGCGGCGCAAAAGGACCAGUCGGCGGUCUAUCCGGCCCGUCGGCAACCAACAGUCGGCGGUCUAUCCGGCCCGUCGGCAACCAUCAGUCGGCGGUCUAUCCGGCCCAUCGGCAACCAACAUUCGGGGGUCUAUCCGUCCCGUCGGCAACUAUCAGUUGGCGGUCCAUCCGGCCCGUCGGCAACCAACAGUUGGCGGUCUAUCCGGCCGGUCGGCAACCAGCAGUCGGCGGUCUAUCCGGCCGGUCGGCAACCAUCAGACGGCGGUCUAUCCGGCCCGUCGGCAACCAACAAUCGGCGGUCUAUCCGGCCGGUCGGCACUAUCUUUGCACGGUGUUAUCAUAUAUUUGUUUUGUCUGGUGCUAUAAUAUACACUUCGUGAGGAUAAAACUGAAAUGAUAUUUCAUAA